UUGCAAAAAGAAAAUAAAAAAUCGAAAUGGCAACCAUUGCUCAAACCCUAAACGAAGACGUCGAAAUCAUCUUCAAAAGCAAAUGCCCGCCCGUUCACGUUCCCGACAACGUAACCCUUCCGGAGUUUGUACUUUCCGGUGCGGAGCCCUACCUCGACAAGGUGGCGGUUGUCGACUCCACCACCGGAAAAAGCUACACUUACGGUGAAGUGAAGAGAGACGUCGAUAGAUUUUCAAAGGCAUUGAGAUCGCUCGGGCUGAGGAGAGGCAGAGUCGUGGUGGUGCUCCUCCCGAACGUGGCUGAGUACGCCACCAUCGCCCUUGGGAUAAUGGCUGCCGGAGGUGUUUUCUCCGGCGCUAACCCUAGCGGACAUUCGUCGGAGAUCAAGAAGCAGGUUGAGGCUGCCGAUGCUAAGCUCAUUGUCACCGAUGGAUCGACUUAUCAUAAGGUGAAAGAUUUGGGAUUACCGGUUAUAAUACAAGGGGAAGAUUGUGUGGAGGGAACUAUAAAUUGGGAUGAACUUUUGGAGGCAGCUGAUAAAGCUAAUACUGAUCCUAUUUAUGAAAAAGUGCUGCAAACUGAUUUAUGUGCACUUCCAUUCUCAUCAGGCACAACGGGGCUGUCGAAGGGGGUGAUGCUGACUCAUCGGAACUUAGUGGCGAAUCUAUGCUCAACCCUCUUCAGCGUGGGCCCGGAGUUAAUCGGACAGGUCACCAUACUCGGUUUGAUACCGUUUUUCCACAUAUACGGGCUCACCGGAAUAUGCUGCGCCACCAUAAAAAACAAGGGGAAGGUGGUGGUGAUGCAGCGGUACGAGCUCCGGUUAUUCCUCGGCGCACUAAUCACUCAUGAAGUCACGUUUGCCCCGAUAGUACCCCCGAUUAUAUUAGGGUUGGUCAAAAAUCCAAUAGUUGAUGAAUUUGAUCUAAGUAAGUUGAAACUUAGGUCUAUUAUGACAGCUGCAGCUCCACUUGCACCCGAAAUUCUCAAUGAGUUCGAGAAGAAAUUCCCCGGAGUUGAAGUCCAAGAGGCAUAUGGAAUGACAGAACAUAGCUGCAUUACACUAACACAUGGUGAUCCAAGCAAAGGGCAUUGCAUUGCAAAGAGAAAUUCAGUUGGAUUUAUUCUUCCUAAUUUGGAAGUUAAAUUCGUCGAUCCCGAGAAGGGAAAUUCGCUUCCCGAAAAUACCCCUGGAGAGAUUUGUGUUAGGAGCCAAUGUGUGAUGAAUGGCUACCACAAGAAUGAGUAUGAGACAAGUCUCACCAUAGACAAAGAUGGUUGGCUUCACACAGGGGAUAUCGGUUACAUAGACGAUGACGGAGAUUUAUUUCUCGUUGAUCGAAUUAAAGAACUGAUUAAAUACAAAGGUUUUCAGGUUGCUCCAGCUGAAUUGGAGGCAAUCCUCUUGACUCAUCCUUCAGUUGAAGAUGCUGCUGUUGUGGGACUACCGGAUGAAGAAGCAGGUGAAAUACCAGCAGCAUGUGUGGUAAUAAAUUCAAAGGCAAAAGAAAGUGAAGAAGAUAUAAUGGAAUAUAUUUCAUCAAAUGUUGCAAGCUAUAAGAAAGUGAGACUAUUGCAAUUUGUUGAUGUUAUUCCCAAAUCACCCUCUGGCAAGAUUAUGAGGAGACUUAUCAAGGACAAUAUGGUCAAAAAGCUUUAACUUUGGUCAACCUUUCUACUAAUGGUGAUUAAUUAAUGUUUUUUCUUUUUUUCUUUUCAAUUUCAUGUUCUCUAUAUUGUUUGGUUUGUUUUUUGUUUUUAUCAAAAAUAAACAAUAAAUAUAUUUAAAUAAAUUCAGGGAAUUUUGGUAUU